CAUGACCAUCAUUAUCAUUAGCUCCGACAUAAGCAGCUGCGGUGUGGUAGAGAAAGCACAAAAAAAGGUGUGUAUAGCGGUGUGCGAGACUAGGUGUAGCUACUAGGUGCAUUUGAUUGCCUGAAUCUGAGCAACCGUGAGUAGCUAUUUACUGUGUGCUGUGAAACUGGUCUCUCUGCCCUUUCAUCACUCUAAAUGGUUGAUGGCGUCCACCAAGCAAACAUUGGGCUUGGAUGAGGAUCACUUCUCUCUUGCACUAUUUGACGUCUUUGCCGCACACAUGUUUGAAAGUGUUCUUCAAGCCCUGGAAACACAUCACAUCAAAUGCUGCUUUAUACCACCUAAUUGCAUGGGAGUGCUUCAGCCACUGGAUCUUACAGUCAAUCAAGUGUUCAAACAGGAACGUUUUAUCAGGUGGUAUGCUGGACUGGUCAAGGACCAGUUGAGAGAUGGAGUGCAGCUGGAAAUAUUAAGCCAGAUCUCCGCAUAUCAGUCCUGAAGCCACUUCUUGCAAACUGGCUUAUUGAAGCUAGUUCACACAUUUCUAGUGAUGUGAUCAUUGAAGGAUUUGUAAAAGCCGGAAUUAAGGAUUCUGUAGUCUAACACUGUUCUAUCACUAGAACUGUAAAGUCACUUUAGCAUAACUGGUUCUAUAGUACUACUGUCCUCAUGUUGUCAUCACCAAAAUCGCUAAAAUA